CACAAUGUCACGUCUGAAUAUCAACAUGAAAGUAGCCGACGAGAUACAAAAGCACUGUACGCCUUUCAGCAGGCCACAUCAUAUGCGAGAGUGAGAUGGUUUGUAGUAAAAUUUUAAAAUUUUUAUUUUGUAAUUUUUUUUUUAAAUACAGAAGUAUUAAAGUAUUGCAGGCGUAUUCUCGAUAGUGACAUUUUAACGCAAGGCUAUCGUUGUAGGCUACGUGCCGUUUAAUUUGGUCUAUAGGCUUGAAGCUUUCCGAUUAAUUUCAAACGUUGUUUCUACUGCAGCCAAAUUCACUAAAUAUAUUACAAUUAAAAAAUCCGUACAGUUGAAACAAAUCAGUUUACUUAACACGCAUGUGCUUGCUUUAAUUAAGACGCGUCAUCACCAGGUGAUUUUAAAUACUGUCAAUGAAUAUGGGAUCUUCGUAUUUAAGAAUAAGUACCGAGACCUUACAGGUGAAAAAAACAAACUGACUUGAAGCUGUGUUGUUAUCGGUCAAGAUAUUCAACUUUUCGGGUAAUGGGUCCAUUUCUUCUUUUUCUGUGUGUGUUUUUAUGCGGUUUUUAUCCAUUCGUGUGCGAGCGCCACAACACAGAACAAGACGCCGAAUGGAACGUCCAGCCCGCGGGCGCUGUGCCGCUCUUCCCGGACAGUGGUGCAGUGUUCCCCACACGAGGGUUUCUUGGGCGAUGGGACGGGAUUGAAAACAAGAACCAGACUCCGCUUCCGUGGCCAUACCUUUCUCUUCCAAUGUUCCAGCACUCGAUCGCUCCUCUUGUAAACAAAGAGCUAAUGAAGCCCACUCGCGCGACCGGGCGCGAGCCCAUGCCUGAAAAUUUAAAAAAGGUUUUGCUUCCCGAUGCUCCGCGUCGCCCGGCCAGACCCUCCCGCGGACGCAAGGAUGUGGUUGCAUCGUGCACCUUCAACAAAAUGCGCGUCAGAGUCCGCAGGAAAUGUCUGGGCUCGAGGGCUUUGUCUUCGGAGUUGUCUCUUGGAACGUGCUCUGUCAGCAACCAAACGGAUAACUUCUUUUUCUUUUGUUACAACGUCAGCCAGUGCGGAAGUAACACAACGAUGAUCGACAAUCGGGUGGUGUACUCAAACACACUGCACUUUACCCCCGAAGCACCCAAAUCACUCAUUCGGACGGCCGUGCCCUUCAGUCUGCCAAUUUUCUGCCACUACAACAGGUUCCACUACUCCUACAAGAUUGGAUACCUGCCAGAGAUCAAGACGCACCAGUUCUUCAGGAGCAUGCAGCCGAGCAGCGACUUCACGCUCAGUGCCUGCAACGCUCGAUGGGAGCGGCUCCCCGCGGCGCGCGGCUACGUCAUCGGCAGCCCCAUGUACUUCGAGGCCCGGUCGCCGCCCGUCUCCGGGGACCAGAGGCUCUUCGUCAGCUUCUGUUACGCCACCCCGUCCCGGGAGCUCGCCGGCGCGCUCCGCUUCGCGGUGAUAGAGAACUCUGGGUGCAUGUCACACAACAACGGCGCCGGCAGCCGGUCCAGGUUCGUCCGUCACAAACGGGACGUCCUGAGGUUCGAGGUGGAAGCCUUCGUCUUCGAGGGAGUGGCGGAUGAGCGUCUCUACAUGCACUGUGAGAUGUUUGUGGCCAACCAUUUUGCGACUGAAAUCGCCAAAUCCUGCACCUACAACUCGACGACAGGCAGGUGGGAGGAGCUAUACGGCGACACCCAGGUGUGCACCUGCUGCAACUCCACCUGCAUCAGCUCUGUGUCAGCGGCUGAACUUCCUGCCACCAAGAAGAUUGUCACCAGCGGCUCCUGGGUGCUGGAACCCGACAGUGGAGCGGUUUUGGGGGAGGCCACUGUGGAGUGGGACAAGCCGCCACGGCCUGAGACCAAGUCCGUGACUGAGGCGCUGGCUACAGUGACCGAGCCGGAGAUCAGGAGAUGGACUGAGCCGGAGACUACAAUAGAGACUGACCCAGAGAUCAUGAGAUGGACUGAGCCCGAGACUACGAUAGAGACCGACUCAGAGAUCAUGAGAUGGCCUGAGCCAGAGACUACGAUAGAGACCGACUCAGAGAUCAUGAGAUGGCCUGAGCCAGAGACUACGAUAGAGACCGACUCAGAGAUCUUAAGAUGGACUGAGCCAGAGACUACGAUGGUGACUGAGCCAGAGAUCAGGAGAUGGACUGAGCCCAAGGCUACGAUGGUGACUGAGACAGAGAUCAGGAGAUGGACUGAGCCCAAGGCUACGAUAGAGACUGAGCCAGAGAUCAGGAGAUGGACUCAGCCCAAGGCUACGAUGGUGACUGAGCCAGUGACUCCCCCAGAGGUUAAGAGGUGGCCUGAUAAGGUGCCCAAGGGGAAGCCGGUGAAAGGGUCCGCUGUCAAGGAAGCAGAGAAGGGAUCCGUGCCUCGCCUGUCAUUCAAGGAAGUCUUCGGGAUCCCCUGACUCUGGUGCCUUCUGUUCCGUGGAUUUUGAUUUGAGCCAAUAAAACUUUAAAAAGGG